CGUGCCUGUAUAAGGCUAUGAAAAAAAUAUUUCUCAUUCAAACAUUGAUUGCAGACCGACCUUACUUUGCAACGCCAUGCUAUAAUGGAGGGACGUGCGUUGAGAGUGGAGCAAACUACACGUGCACUUGUAUCCAUGGUUACGACCCGGCCUCAGAUUGCCGGUCAACGAUUGACUUUUGUCUUAGAAACCCUUGUCCCCAUACUAAAGUCUGCUUACCUCACCUCGGGGGUUUCACGUGCGUGUGCACGGCAGGAUUCACCGGAACAGAUUGUACUUCUGAUAUUGACGAAUGCGCAAGUUCACCAUGUAUCCAUGGCAACUGUUCCGAUAACGUCAAUGGCUACCGAUGUCGGUGUGAUUCAGGAUAUGCAGGCCUUCAUUGUGAAUCAAAUGUCGAUGAGUGUGCCAGCUCACCGUGUAUCCAUGGGAACUGCACUGAUGACGUCAAUAGUUUUCACUGCUCACGUGACGUCGGUUUCAGUGGCAUAACUUGCUCAUCAACCGUGUCCAGUUCUGAGUGCUCCUCUUCUAACUGUAACGUGGUCAGGUGCUCGAUUUUCAAUCUCCACUUAGGAACUGCUCGCUACUACGCUUGGAUAUCUUGCCUACUGUCUGCUCUGGUCCUGGCAACUCUUUCCUUUUGUGUCGUAUUUAUCUAUGGAAUAAAGAAGGGGCAAAGGUAA